GUCCACAACCGGCGGAGCGGAAGACAAUGUGGAGCACAGUCAACUUGGGCGUUGCUGAUGUUUUGUGGGCUCUUCUGGCUUUAAGUUUCCUUGUAGCCUUCUGCGCGCACAAAAUCUCAACAUACCUGCCGAGAAAAUACGAAACAUGCCGCUUUUACGUGUUAUUUCAGGAUCUUAUUCGGUACGGAAAAACUAAACAAAACCUCAAACGGGACGAGUGGCUGCGUGUGUUUGACGUCCCAAAAAGGUGGUUCUGGCACUUCUAUGCCGUCUCUGUUGGCUGGAACGGUCUUCUUCUUGGCCUGUACGUGAACGUCACGUUUCGGAAUCAGUCAUACCCAUCAUGGCUGACUGGAAUAUUAGACAUUUUGACAGAUGUACCUAACCCUGACAGUCAAGGUAGGCUGACAGUCGAGCACUGUGUUGAACUUGUGUCCUCCUGUUUGAUUCAUCCUGGUGCUGUGUUCAUACUGUCUGUAGUCCCACAGCUGUCGACUCUGCUGGUGCAGCUGCUGCUCUGCCUCCACUCCCUCAGGAGGCUGCUGGAGUGCCUGCUUGUCAGCGUUUUCUCUGAUGGAGCUAUACAUUUGGUGCAGUAUGUGUUCGGUCUGGGGUACUAUGUCGUACUGGGGUUGACGGUGCUCUGCGCAGAUCGUCUGGGAAAAGGGACUGGAACCCUCUUCUCUCAGCUGGACUGGUUUCAUGUGUCAGGAACCGCACUUUUCAUUGGGGCCUCACUCUUGCAGCAUCAAUCCAUGGUCCUGCUGGCCAGGCUUCGCACUGGGAAGUCAGGAGCAGUGGAGACGCUGGCUCACAGAGUUCCAAAGGGAGGCUGGUUCGAGCUGGUGUCGUGCCCGCAUUACUUUGCUGAACUGCUGAUCUACAUCUCACUGAGCUUACUGUUUGGUGGCCUGUCUCUCACCUGGUGGCUUGUUGUCUUUUAUGUGCUCUUCAACCAGGCACUGGCAGCACAGCUUUGCCACGACCUUUAUAUUAUCAAAUAUGAGUCAUACCCGAGGCAUAGAAAAGCAUUUAUACCAUUUGUGCUGUGAAUAGUUUGUGUUUCCGUUCCUUAUUGGGAUCUGAAGGUGUAGGACUAAAAGUCACCUCUCUCAGAGCAUUGAUUGACAAGGUGCUCCUGACGAAGGAAAGCUGCUCAGCCAACCGUUGAAUCUAGCUGACAGCUCCCAGGUAUGAAUGUGAGGCAUGACAGUGUUGCAGAAACAUUCUUCCAAAGCAAAAGUCUCUCCAGGUGAGAGGUGAGCUGUUUCUUAGAAAUUGAUGUGAAGAGGAAUGUCACACCACAAAUCCCUUCUUCAUUACAAGAUCUUAUUUUUGUUAUAAUAAGGUACAUUCAUUUAAUCAUGACACAUUUUUCUUAUUACAAUACACAAAUGUAUCUCAUUAUAAGUCCUAAGAGAAGUUAUGUUAAAUAAGGAUGUUUCAAAUGUUAUUUAAGAAACAAAAAGAUCCCUUCCAAAUUUUGGAGGGUUUUUUUUGUUUGUUGGAGGAGUCAGGCAAAUUGAGGCUUUGACUGAUUUUUUUUUUUUAUUGCAUCAUAUAAAAUAAACUCUUACAGCACACCAGGGUAUCUUGUACAACAAGAGUUUUUUGUUAAAAUGAAUGGGUAUGUUGUAAUAACAAAUGCCGAAAGUAUAUUAUGAGACACAAGUCACUUAAUUUCAGCAAAAAAAGUCUCAAAAUGAGAAACUUUUUUCUCAUGGUGUCAAGAGCCUGCUGUUGUACAAACAUGAAGAUGUUUUUUAAUGCUACAUAUUAGUUUGAGCUACAAAAUAAAAUCAAGUUUUAUGUUUAAGCCAAUAAAAAGAAAAUUGAGCACAGGA